CCUACAACACUGACCACGCCGGAUGAAAAGGGGCAAGGGGGUGUCGGAGAGCAGUCUGGUCUUCGUCCAUGGUUGGAGCGCUAUUCGGGCCAAUCACGCUUUGACCUCAACCCGGCUUUCAUCCUAUCGGUCAUCCUAACAUCUCUGAAUCAUGGUCGUUUCUAGUUGCGUUUAUAUAUGCACAUAGUUAGCGAGCUUUUGGGCCAUCUCCUUUUGUGUUUGUCGUUUUGGUUAUACCUCCUGUCGUUUUACGAAUGGUUUCCUUACCUGAUUCUUUGCCGUCAAUCACGCCGUUCUCGCUUUCAAUGUAGGAUCCACUUGGGUGUCCCCCCCACGUACCUAAUCAGCUCUCGUAUGUCUGUCUGGCUUUUGCUAUUCCUGGUUUUUCUCGUUAUGAACUUUUCCUCUCAUCACGCAACUGCAGAGGACUCGGCGGACGGACGGACGGACGAACGAACGAACAACGACACCCACGAAUUUGGUCCCGCUCGGCUGGCCUGGCUUGGGAUGGACUGAACAACAUCUUUACGCAUACUACAUACCCCUUACUACGUACUACUUAAUAAUCUGGAUGGGACUGGAGAGAGUUGAGAACAGAUCAGGAAGUGGUGGGCAAUACACAGGCACAACUUCGGUUUCGAGACCUGGU